AUGUCGUCGAUGUAUAAGAUUCCUCCAGUGAUGCCGGAAGAUUUUGAUGUCAAACCCUUAGACAUCAUGUAUUCUAUACCUAGCUAUCAUAGUACUGCUCCAAAGGAAUCAAGUGCUGAGUGCAAUGGCAUCACUGAGGAUAUGAACGAUCCUGUGAAAAUGAUUGAAAAGAAACAGCAAAAUCUAAUCAAUUCGAUCAAGAACUUGGGGUCGACGCUAGAGGCUUUACUGCAGGAGAUGGGAAAAUGUGGUCAGUCUGUUAGCUUCGAAUUUUCUUAAUC